GAAUUCGAAAUUAGGGUUUACUGCAAAAAGAGGAAGAACAGGAAGCAUAAUCGAGAGGGAAAUCGAUGAAUCCAUUAACUUUAGUAAAGCGAUUACAGAACAUAACCGCCAAAGAAGCCGAUUUAGGGAUAUCUGAGGAAGCCUCGUGGCAUGCCAAGUACAAGGGUUCUGCUUACAUUUUCGUCGGCGGCCUUCCUUUCGACCUCACCGAAGGCGAUCUCCUUGCUGUUUUUGCCCAAUAUGGAGAGAUUGUAGAUGUUAAUCUAGUUAGAGACAAGGUUACUGGAAAAUCAAAGGGCUUUGCAUUUAUUGCUUAUGAAGAUCAAAGAAGUACAAUUCUUGCUGUAGAUAAUUUAAAUGGAACCCAGAUUUUGGGUCGAACUAUAAGGGUUGAUCAUGUUGAAAAGUACAAAAAGAAAGAGGAAGAAGAUGAGGAGAUGGAGAAGCAGAAGAGGGAGGCUCGAGGGGUUUGCCGUGCUUUCCAAAGGGGUGAAUGCACUCGCGGAGAUGGGUGCAAAUUUUCUCAUGAUGAGCAAAGAGCGGCAAAUACAGGGUGGGGUCAUGAAGAUAAAAGCUCAAGAUGGGGGCAUGACAAAUUUGAGGGUUCAAAAAAUAAUGAGAGAAGAUCAAGCAUGCAGGAGCAGGCAGUUGAGGAAGGUUUUAGAUCAAGUUAUAAGGAUUCAAGUUCAAGAAGAAAGGAAAAUGAGAAGGUACUAGAGAAAAGGGAUGUGAGAUCAACAAAGUACAAUGACAAAGACAUCGAACCAAAGUCUAGAGAAGAUUUUGAUAGGAGAGAAGAGAAGAGAUCAAGGUACAGAGAUGAUGAAAUUCAGCCAAAAUCAAGGGAAGACCAUUAUAGAAGGGAAGAAAAAGGAUAUAGAAGAGAUGAUGAUAAUGGUUUUGAGCAAAGGUCCAGAGAAGACAGGCAUAGGAAGGAGGAAAAGAGAUCAAAAAGGGAUGGUGAUGAUGAAUUAAAGCCAAGGUCAAGAGAAGAUCAUGACAGGAGGGAUGAAAAGAGAUCAAGCAGGCGUGAGUCAGAAUCUUAUCAAAAAGAAGACCUUGAUAAGAGAGGUAACAAAUGGCCAGUCAACAAGGAUUCUUUGUCCCUUCGUCAUGGAGAGAGAGAUGACCGCAGGCGUAAGUCAGAUAAAUACAAUGAUCACUGAGCAUUUUUAUCUUCAAGCUGUUGCUCUUGCAAGGAGAUUAGUGACCUGUUCCUCUGAUCAUCUAGAUGCUGUUUAAAAUGUUAAAAUGGUCAAUUCAAUUUUUGAUGAGUUUUAUUAGAUGUCAUCUUAUAUACAUUUUGGAUCCAGAUGUAUGAGAAAAUCUGUUCUGCCCCAAUCUCAUGGCCUACAAGUAGGUUAUAAGACAUUAAGAUCCAUGUGCAUUUUAACAUUC